AUGGCCUCCAGUCAAAGCAGCCAAUACAGUGAGGGCACCGAAAGUGACCAUGAGGAGUGUCCAUGCACCUCAGCGGACCCAGAAGGUCCUCAGCCCCUUCCUGACGAAGUCUUGUACAACAAGAUCGAUGAACUGAUGGAGUUCCUGCUCCUCAAGUACAGCAAUAAGGAGCCGGCCACCAAGGCAGACAUGCUGCAUGUUGUCCGGGGUUACGAGGAACACUUUCCUCUGAUCCUCAGCAAAGUCUUUCAUUGCCUAUAUAUGGUCUUUGGCAUUGAUGCUGAGGAAGUGAAUGCCCCAGGGCACACAUAUGCCCUGGUCCCUGUCCUGGGUCUUACCCAUAAUAGAGAAGUGGGUGGUGAGCAGGAAAUCCCCAAAACCAGCCUCCUGAUACUCAUCCUGAGUAUCAUCUUCAUUAAGGAGAACCAUGCCAGUGAGGAAGUCGUGUGGGAUAUGCUGAGCAGGAUGCAGGUGUUUGAUGGGACAGAGCAUGACAUCUAUGGGGAGCCCAGGAAAUUCCUCACUGAGGAUUUGGUUCAGGAAGGGUAUCUUGUGUAUCAGCAGGUGCCUGACAGUGACCCUGCUCGUUAUGAGUUCCUGUGGGGCCCUCGGGCCUACACUGAAACCUCCAAGAUGAGAGUUUUGGAGCACUUGGCCAAGGUCCAUGGGUGUGAUCCCCAGUCCUACCCACGUCUCUAUGAAGAGGCCUUGGAAGAGGAGCAGGUGGCUCCCCUUGCUUGA